GUCGUGUUUCCCGGGCGGCGGCGGCGGUGGAUGGAAGAGCACAAGGGAAGCUGGGCAAUGAAGGAGGAGGAGUAUGUAACGUCAGGAACCGAAACAGAGAGUGACAGCCAGGAAAAGGCGUCCGGGUGUUUGCUCCACACCACUUGGCAAGUCACCGGCACUGACGAUGAUCGGCCCCCCCAGCCCCAUUUAACUGAACGCGGUUAACUUGGGGGGCGGCCCAUUGGCGAAUAAGGGCAGGUCGAUACACAGAGCCAGGCCGUGGAUCAGGCCAAAAGAUCGUCGUCGCGACUGUCACAAAGGGGCUGUUGUUGGGUUGCCGACGAAGUUUCGUUCGUUCUGUCAGCAGUUGGUGCGGAUUGUUGGAUGCGGAUCCGAUGCUAGUCGAUGCGGAUCUGUUGAUGGAAAGAGGAAGGUCGGUCGACACGGACUAAGAACCACGGGCCG